AUGACGCUCUUUCGCGGAUCCAAACCUAAAUAUGACCAACUUCCCAACGAUACUUCGCCAGUCAGUAUCCAAAGGCAGAGAAGGUCACGCGUGACACGUUGGCUGCUUUACUGCGUCGUGAUACCGUGCAACAUCAUACUCGUCGCCUUAGGUCUCUAUGGCCUCACAUCAUUUUUCAUCGCGGGGAAGUUUCCAGCCGUCACGGCUAUCUCUUGCGACUGUGGAGCAACUGUAGAUGAGGCCGUAGCUAUGGGUUGCAAAUACGACGCCCUCUCCGUGUCGUGGCUUCCGCCACGGUGCCGGGAUGACGAGCUAACGGCCGAGUUCAACCAGGCCAGUCCGGGCGGCGAAUGGCUGUACUGGGCUGAUCGAAACGGAACUGAACUGCUCACACUCCAGCAAGUGUCAGCGUUGGCUGACAAGCCGCUGGAAGAGGCUCAGUUCUGGACCACCUUCGGGUGGCAUGUGAGCCACUGCUCGUUCUACUGGCGAAAAGAGUACAGGAUGAGGCAGAAAGGCUUAGAGGUCGAGCAUCGUUACGACAGGGAAAGCCACAUCAAACAUUGCCAGAUGGCAUUCAUGUCGAGGGUGGCUCUUGAUGAGAUGAAUACCAGGGCGGCCGUUGGGCUGGGUGGAGAUAGAGUUGGAACAGUCAGAACAGAGGCCCAGGAGGGAAAUGAGCAUCAGCAACAACAUAAUCACCGUUGA